AUGGAUUUGUUUACAGAGUACUGUCAGCAGGCUUCAGAUAAAGAGACUUCAUCCGAAGUACCUGUCAAUGAUGACAAUGAUGACGACGAUGAUAAUGUUGUCGGGGAUGACAUUGAGGCCCAGAUCAGAAAAGAAGUUGAAGGCCUGAAACCAAAGUCUUCCGCCCCUCGACUUUUCCAAAAAAUCACAGGGACCAAUAUACCUUGCAUGGUUUUCGUUAGGGUUGAUAAGUCCAUAGACCCGGUAAAGCUAGUACACGAUUUAUGUGUGGAAGCCCGGACCAAUCCACAUCAGAGAAAGAGCCGAUGGAUUAGGCGAAUGACGCCCAUCUCUCAGAUACGAAAAACAUUAAGUGUUGACUUGUACGAAUUCGCCAAAGAGGUCCUACAACCCCACUUCCAUGCCGACGAUGUGUCGAAGAAGUACGCAAUUCGUCCUACUAUUCGCAAUAAUGAUUCUUUCAACAGAGACAUAAUCAUUCGAACAGUAGCAGCUGCAGUUGGACAAAACCACAGAGUAGACCUGAAAAACUAUGACCACAUGAUCCUAGUGGAUAUUGCUCAGUCUAACCAAGCAACGCAGAGCACAAUCGGUAUGAGUGUGGUAGGAAGUGAUUACGACGAGCUCAAACGCUUUAAUUUGUCGGAGAUCUACAACCCAACACAAAAGCCACCACCACAGAAUCCCGAAUCAUGA